AUGUCUGAGGGAGGUGUGGCAGUGGUGGUAGUGGUGGGAAGCUACAUGCCUGCCUCCAAGAAGCAGAAGCUGAGCAGCAACUGGAACAGCAACCUGAACCUGUCCUGGGACAAGAAUUAUGAUGCUGUCCGUGUAGAAGGUGAUACAAGUUCAGAAUGCCCCGAUACACAUACCAUUACCAUGAAUGCACCUGGAAGGUAAAGCUGGGGGAAAGAAUGGAAGUCAAAGAAGUGUAAAUACUCCUUCAAGUGUGUGAAUAGUCUCAAGGAAGGUCACAGCCAGCCACUGUUUGAGGUUCAGUUUAACUGGCGCAGUAAAGGUGGGGAUCCAUUAGUGUUCACAACAGUAUGUAGCAAAAGAGUAAGUCUUCCUGGAUGUGAGCUGGUAGAUGCAGGUGUGUGCAUAAAUACUGAAUUGUGAUGUUUUUGAAGUUUAUGUAGUUGGCUUGGCUGUUUUUUUGUAUAAAGUUACGGGCUGAGGAGACAGCAAAAUGAUUAUACAAAAGGCAUUCAUCCCUGACUCUUUAAGGACCCAGAUAGAAACCCCAGCAUCACCCAUAGCUAGAGCUGAGCAGUG